UACCACGUAUUUUAUGUAAAGGCGUAAAUUGUAUCCUACUUUUCAUUUCUCCGUUUUAUUUCAGGUUUGUAGGACGUCAGGUGACUGCUGCUAGAUAAACUGAAGUUAUGGCCUCCUGUUAUGUAGAUCCUCACAAUUCAACAAUCCUGAAAACCCUAAAGAUCGGGGAUUUGGUGGAGUUUCCAAGAAUGCUGUAUUCACACUGGGGUGUUUAUAUAGGUAACCAACAAAUAGUACAUUUGACUGGCAUUGACAAUGCAGGUAGUAAGGACGCCUUCACUUCGGGUAGCCUGUUUUCAGUUUGUGGGGAGAACUUCGCAAAAGCCUGUGUGAAGAUUGAUGAUUUCUUCAAAGUUGCUCAGGGAUGCAAAGCAAAACGAAAUAAUGACAAGGAUGCUAAAUGCAAACCGCUAAAUCCACAGGAGAUCGUAAGGAGAGCAAAGGCAAUGGUUGGAGUGAUCGGCUACAAUUUGAUCUGGAAUAAUUGUGAACAUUUAGCUGCCUAUCUUAGAUAUGAUGUCAAGUGGUCGGAACAGGUCGAUAAAGCAGCAGAAGCAGCCGUGUGGACUGGUGCUUUAGCAGCCGUCAGUUUGUUGGCUUACAAUUUAUUUGGAGGUUCAAAUGACAAGAAGUAAUCAGCGAAACAAAGUCCCAGCGAUCGUGGAUUAUUAUUGUUUUUUCGCAAAGAAGAAAAGAAACAGUGAUAUCAAAACUAAACUAUGUGUGGUCACAUCCAAAAUGAUGUUUUGAUCAAUUCCUCAAGCAGAGUUGAUCAUAAUAGACUUCUGUGUUUGAUAAUUUGUCAAUCAAUCUAAAAUAUUAUAUUUCUACUAAAGAAAAUAUUCUACCUGAUUUUAAAAUGUACAUCAUAUUUUUUUCCAAAUAGAUAAUUGAUUAAAAGUACCAAAUAUAGAAAUAAUAUCAGUAGUUAUGAAAGAUAUGUCCUGUGAUUAUCUCUAGCAUAGUAUAAUGAUUACAUAUUAUCUUGGCAGUUCAUCCUAAAACAGCAGACGAAUGACUUAUACACACUUGGGUAAACACGUUAUUAUCAAACGACUACUUUUUUGUAAUUCAGUCUAGAAUGAUUUUUAAUAAACUUCAAACAUCUUCAUUAAA